GCUCGCUUCCCCCCCUCCAGAUUGCACCCUCUAGUCCGUAUCAAAUUGAUACCUUCAUUCCUAUUCUAGUCCAAACCACAAAGUCAAGAGAACUCGAGUCACCGCUCCAUUAUGGCUCAAAAGUGUGUCCAUCAGGGCUGUGGCAAGCUCUUCACUGAUCCAGACGAGGUCUGCCUCUACCACCCUGGACCGCCCGUCUUCCACGAGGGGCAGAAAGGCUGGAAAUGCUGCAAGCCCCGCUACUUGACGUUCGAAGAGUUCAUGGCCAUCCCGCCAUGUACAGAAGGAAAACAUUCCACAACCGACCACCCGCCCAAGAUCGAGCAGAAAGAGCCCCAGGCCGAUUCCGCGCUCGUUGAGAAACUCGCGGCCGCCUCGGUCCAACCAACUCGCAAACCUAUCUCCCCGGCACAAGCGGCACCAUCCCCGCCUCCUCCACCCCCGGAAUCAGAGUCGGACGAUCAGGCUCUCCAGAUCCCCGUCGGCGCGACCUGUCGGCGCAAGGCGUGCGGAGCGAAGUACUCCGGUGGCAGUCGGGAGGGUGAGAAGUGCGUACACCACCCGGGCACUCCCAUCUUCCACGAGGGGAGCAAGGGGUACAGCUGCUGCAAGCGACGGGUCCUAGAAUUUGACCAGUUCAUGAAGAUUGAGGGAUGCAAAACGAAGGAUCGGCACUUGUUCGUGGGGAGCGGCAAGAAGAAAGGGGGGCCGGGGGCGGAGGGGAAUACUGUCGAGGGAGGCGAAGAGCUCCUUGGGACAGUCAGGACCGACUUUUACCAAACCGCAUCGACGGUCAUCACGUCUUUCUUCCUUAAAAAGAUCAUCAAGGACAAGGCUAAAGUGGACUUCCACCCACGAACACUCUCGCUUGAUCUGCUCACUUCCGAUACCCCGACGCCGAAGCGGUACCGCGCCGAGGUGCCUCUGUUCGCAGAAAUCGACCCAGACAAGUCGACGUUCAAGGUGCUCGGAACCAAACUCGAAGUGACAUUGGCAAAGGCCGACGGGGCCUCAUGGCCGGUGCUGCGAAGCGAUGACCGCCUGACGGGCGAAAUCCUCCAAGUCGGUAAGCCUGGCCGAUUGGCAGCUUAGGGAAAUACAAAACCGGGGUUAGCAUGCUUGGGAAAAGGGCGGGCGUUUGGAAAUGUGGUCACUCCAGGCGAGGGUGAUGACCACAGGGAAGUUCAUUGUGGAUGAUGCUGGUGUUUGAUGAUGAGAUGAUGGCAUGAGAAAGCAGAUCAAGGAUAGAAGACAUGAUGUAUAAGUGUGGAUAAGGGGUUAUGAUAGAAGAAGUUGGUGUCGAGAGACAUCGACGGGGAGGGAAAAUGAACGUCUGAGACACUUGGGUUGCGUCUUCGAUAUGUCUCACCAACUACAUACCUUAGAAAGACUAAGAGGAUAACACACAUAGUAAAUCACUGUACAAAAUGAAUGUCAAAAAAGAAAUCAGAACAAUAUCUGGG